AUGCAUGUGCUCUUUUGGGGCUUGGGGUUCCUGCUAUUCCCUGAUUUCUUGAAUGUAGUUGCAUCUACGGGGAAAUUACUUUUGAACUCAAGCACAGGUAAAGUAUGCCGCUGUGACAACCCGAGCAUUUUUCUCUCGAGAACUUAUUUCCUCACACAGAGUGCAAAGAAUGAAUGAGUUUUGUAUGCAGCCAAGCACAUGAGUUGCGGCGCUCUCUAGUAUCUAUUAAGUCCACAGUCUUUCACUUGAAAUGCUUUUAAAACUGUAUGAUCAACAAGACAUGGAAAUUCAUAAUCGAUCAGUUGGCAUAUCUGCGCUCUUAGCUGUGCAUCGACGCUAUAGAUUACUUUAUCCUCAUUAUUAUUAUUGUUGUUCUUCUGCUUGAAUUCCUCAGUGAAAGACGAGAUCGGCAUUUAUGAGAUUGUAACACCGGUGCGGGUGAAUGAAGCCGGUGACAAGUUCCCAACUAGUGUGCACUUCAAGAGAAAAAGACGAAGUUUGGACGACAGCACCGGUAAUACUACGGAUCACUGGGCCUCGCCAAAUAUUCACUACAGGAUAUCUGCUUUUGGACAGAAUUAUCACCUCAAUCUCACGCUGGAUUCGGGAUUUAUCGCACCACUUUACACUGUGACAGUACUUGGAAUACCCCGAGGAGAUAACAUAACGGAUUUUGCAACAGAAGGGGAGGAGGAGGAGGAGGAAGAGGACACGGAGUUAAGGCAUUGCUUCUAUAAGGGACAAGUAAAUGCCCAAGCAGAACAUGCCGCGGUCAUCAGUUUGUGCUCCGGACUGGUGAGUUUUUACGCACGGUUAGACUGUGUGCAGUGACUUUUUUUUACCGGGUAUUAUGAGGGGAUAUUAAUGCAAAAUGUUCAAGACUCUAAGGGCUGCCUCGGGUCAAACUGUUAAAGUUUUGCACAAAGUUUGUUUGCGAACUUAUUCAUGUAUUUUUCUUUAUGUACAGAUAAAGAUGUAGGCACAUAGGUUGUCCAUGUAAAGAUUCUGGUUUCAAAGCAACUUAAGACAGAAAAGUUCCAGUCUGAUUUACUAUAUGAAGCUUUUAUUUAGUUCUGUUGUGGGGUACAACAAGAGGCAGUGGUUUCCAAAUCAUAUCAGUGUGCUCUCGAUGUUCCCAGACCCUUUUGCCCAUAUUCAAGUUCAAUGAAAACGCCAGUCCAAAUCUUGCCUCCAUGCCUCAUUCUCCCGGCUGUUAGUGACGUAUUUACGCACGCUCGUACUGCGGGAGUAUGGGAGGUGCUGACGUCAUCACCAACUGGUCCCAUUCGUCCCACUGCCAGGCUUGCAGAUGCAACAGUUCAGGAGUGGAGCAGUGCACUCUUGAGUUUGUACAUAAAAAACACAGUCAGAUAAUAUGAGCUGGGGGCCAACUUUUCACCCAGUUGAUAGAGCAUCAACAAAGAUUUGAAUCCUAUGCUCUGCAGAGAGUUAAAGGGAGUUAAGAUGACUUUAUGGUGCAUAUUUUAUGUUUAUUUAGGACCUCUAGGGGCACAUGCACUGUACUUUAAAAUAGACAAAACUGCUGGUGGCCACAAGUUUAUCUUAUUUCUUCUCACCCCAAAAGGAAAGGGAUGGGGGAGAUUUCCCUCAUGCUUUGCCAGCACCCAGGGUCAAUCAAAGUGCAAGUUCUAUCACAGUAGUAGUAAUAGUGCCUUUCCAAAGCUUCUUUUCUGAUGCUCCUUGCUGGUGGAUAUUCAAGUCUGCUGCAAAUGUUUAUUGUGCCAGGAAACAUUUUUUCAUCUUAACUUCUGUCAUUACCUCUUGCCUAAAUUGUUAAUAUGACUUACACCAUACUUGUAUCGACCAACAUUGCUUCCAAAUGUGCUGCAUUUGGCACCUCAUCUGGGACAUUAUAGGUCUCCAAGUCAUGCAGUAACAGGCAAAAUACUUAGAAAUAGACUUUCAACCUGCUUGCCAAAAAGAUAUAGUCCCACUCUUUCCCUGAUAGUCAUCACAGGUCCCCUAUUACUUUUUCCUCCUGUUUUGAGACCAUUCUUACAUGCAUGCAAAUUCACUCAUUUUACCUUUUCUUUUAUAGCCCUCAGGUCUUGGCUUUGCUUAUUUUCUGUGGCCUAUUUACUGAACAGUAAAUAGGCCAAAUUCCACUGUUGCUUGCCAUAGCUAUACUUUUUUUUGAGUAUUCAUUGCAUUACUAUGGAAUAGUGGCUCACUGACAUGUGAAAAUAUAGUUGAAGUGUACAUUCCUCCAUGUCCUGUCUUUGCUGAGCCUGUGUUGUUUCCUGAAAGGAAUCAGUGUUACAGAUGGAUGGAGACUAACCGCCAUGUAUUUUUUUUUUCUAUCCAGCUUGGCACUUUCAGGUCUCCAGAUGGGGAGUAUUUUGUUGAGCCCUUACACAGCUAUCAAGGAGAACACUAUGAAGAGGAACACACAAAACCUCAUAUUGUAUACAGGAAGAGUGCACCCAAGAAACAGUCAUCUGGGGAGAACUCAGCUUGUGACACUUCAGGUAUGGUGCAAUAUUUAAGGGGUAUGCAUGAAUACAAGUUACAGACCAAAUUAUAACUAAUAUGUGCACCUAAAUAAACAUAGUUUUAAAUUCAAUGCCUUUACAAAUACACUAAUGCACACAACUGCACACAUGUUUCAUGAUCAGCUGUUGGUUUUGAACUCCGGAUUAGUUCUUACAGAGGUAGACGGAUGUCUUACUACUUUCUUACCCUCCAAGGUCUUCGCUGUAGGAGCUUGAAAAAAUAUAACUAGCACAGUCAAUCAAGCUCUUGCAUUGAUUGUUGCAUAGUGCUGUUAGGUCUUAUGUAGUCUGUGUAGAUAGAGAUGCAGAGAUGCUUUCCUCCUCCUAAAAUAAUAAAAAGUCUUGGUUUUUAAUUUUUUUUUUUUAGAAUUUAAUAAUAAUAAAAAUCUGUUUACUAUUCAUUAAAAGCACAAGUUAACAUUUUAUAUUUUGUGCUGUUUACUAUGAAAUGGCAGUAAGAUGGCACACGAUGGCACUAUGUCAUUCGGACACUCCAUCCAUCUGUUUGCUCAAAAUUGGAGCAAAAUGACCGAACCACAGGGCAGGUUUGAUGUCAAACUGUCUCAGCUCAUUUAUAACCUGCACAGAGCUCUGCAGCACAGGAGUGAUGAAGCUUUCUGACUCUCACACAGGAAAAAUCAUUUUGAAGUUCACCCUUGUAUCUUCCCAUCUCAGUUUACUGGCUGAACUUCCUGUUGACUCUUGGACUUCCUCUGCCUCUUUGAUAAGAAAGUUGGAUAGACCCAGUGCCCUGAACACGUAGUGUUAAUGAUAUAAUUAAGUCAUGCCAACUUGAAACUGUCAAAUAAUCCAAACUUUGAAGAUAAAUAAAUUUGUAAUUAUUUUCUUUGUGGCUGCUGGACAGUUUUCUGCUAACACACAAACACUUGAGAAUGUAUGUGUGUGUGUGUGUGUGUGUGUGUAUGUGUGUGCGUGCGGGUGGGUAUGUGUGUGUACUCUCCUUUUGGCUUGUACCGUAUAGAAUGUUUGUGUGUGCGUGUGUGUAAUAUCGUAGCCUGAGGAAGCCUGGAUUUGACCCACUUUUGGCCGAGUAUAUUUUUUCUUUGUGCUGAAUUAAACUGUCACCUUAAUAGUUUUAAGUAGCCCCCUUUUUUUUUUUUUUUUUUUUAAAUCAGUCAUAAAUUGUGCAAACUGCCUUGUGUUAUGGUCCAGCUGUUUUUUGUUUACUUGGUGCUACAUAGCUGGUGGUCUGAAGGGAUGAUCUGCAUCUGAUAAAAAUACACUAGAAUUUAGCAGGUUUUUUUUGCCAUGUCAUGAUCAGAAUCGGACCAAAUUCCCCUCAUUGUUGAGAAAUAUUGCCGCCCAGUUGUUGAGCAGUCUUCCUUUGGUUUGUACACUUCAGUUUGUGCUCCAUUUUUUUAUGGCUGGGUGCCAGGUUUACCUAGCCUGAACUCUUUGCCCUCCUCCCCUCCUCUUUCAGAGGAGGGAGAGAGAAAUAAAAGGCAUUCCAGGCAGCAUUCAUUUGACAACCCACUCAUUGAGCAACAAUAAACAAAAGAGCAAAGGAGGCAGCAACACAUUUUAACAAUAUCCACUUCCAGACAACCAAUUCACCUCAUUCAUCCCAAUCUGAAAAUGAAGACUUAGUCUGUUUUCAAACAUAUUGCUGAUUCAUACAUCUCGGUUUGUCUGAUUGGAUCAGUCCUCUGUCUUUGUAUGUUUACAACUGUUACUUUCCUUCUGACUCGUUCUCCAGGGCACAAACACAGACACAAGAGACACAAGCUCAAAGGAGGGCCAGUGACUGGCGUGACCACAGUGUCCAAUGCAGCCCCUGUGGUCAGUGCUGGUGUAUUCAAUGACUUGGAGUCACUGAGUGCCAGCCUUGCCAGCGAUCCUCUGCUCAGAUCACAGAGCGCCAGUGCUAGCGCUCGCCCAUCAAAUGAUAGCAGCGGUGACUCAGGACCUCACAGGAGAUCAAAGCGCUUCCUCUCCUACCCGCGCUUUGUUGAAGUCAUGCUGGUGGCCGACAGCAAAAUGGUGGAGCAUCACGGCAGCAAUCUACAGCACUACAUACUCACAUUAAUGUCCAUCGUAAGUUCUGCUUCGUGAAUUUUGCUUUAAAGCUGCUUGUAGGGGAUAAGUGUUUGACAGAGGUGCUUGGGAAUUGAAAGUGUGCGAUGUGUCUGCAUGUAUAUUCAUAGACAGACAGUGGCUAAACGUGCAUAAUGUUUGUACCUGUUCUACUGUGCUAUUUGUGCUGCAAGCCAGUCAGCCAGCUUUUAGAGGAGGUUCGUGGGAGGGAAAAGGGCAGCCUAGGGCAGGGGUAAACACCACUUUCAAACGGCCAGAGGGAAAAGAGGGCAGCUUGAGGUAGACCCUUCCUGACAGCUUUGAUGAAUGUUAAAAAUAAGCUCAGGUAUGUCACAUAGACCGCAUACUCUUGGCCACUUCAAACACCAGCUUCUGCAGGCGCCUGGGGCCGACAGUCCUCAGGGGGAGGUAGAGAUGACCUAUAUUCUGUUCUUGGCAAAAGCUACCUUCUCCACAGGGACUCAAACCAUUAUCAACUUGAUCUUCUGAUCAAAUGUAUCCCUUGGUACUUUCUUAAAACUACUCGAGGGUGGUCUGUACGAAAGGCUGCAUCCACUCUAAUAACUUUGUGUUUUUUGAAUGAAGUGCUUAAAUCCCACAAUGGCCAGUGUCCAACUUCAGAAACGUUUCAAAACUAUAAAAUAGAGACUGCUUAUAGUGCUGCUGUGUUGUUUUAGAUCCUAACACCCUAAGAUUAUAUGCAUUUCCAUUCCUUACUGACUGUCAGUGACAGUCCAAUGUAUGUUAAAAGGUUUUUAGUAUGGACUGCAAUGUCCAACUCUUGUUUUUGAAACUGUUUUCAACCACCCAUUCAGAAACAUAACACUUUUCUGUGUCGAAUUUGUUUUAAAACCUUUUAAUCAAGUGGUUUAAGUUAAUGAAAACGUUGCAAAAGUUAUUUAUCGUAGCCUUGGACCCUCCACUAUCCCAGGAUCUCAUGUUAUCUUUUAAAUGCUGUCAUUCAGAUGGUUUGGUUCACGUUUUGCUUCUUUCAUGCAGGUAUCUUCCAUCUACAAAGAUCCCAGCAUUGGCAACCUGAUUAACAUUGUGAUUGUAAAGUUAGUAAUAAUAAACAAUGAGCAGGUAAGGCUGCUUCAUGAUUGGUAUUUAGCUCAAUUUUUCACGUCUACCAAAAGUUUCACUUGUUAACAAAGUUAUGUUAUUAAUUUUUUUACUUUAUGUUUUCUAGGAUGGUCCAGUCAUUUCUUUCAAUGCACAGACCACUUUAAAGAACUUCUGCAUUUGGCAACAGAGCCAGAACAUCCUGGAUGAUAACCACCAUUCGCAUCAUGACACUGCCAUCCUCAUUACCAGGUGCAAGAAAUAUUUGUUAAUAAAGUUAUCAUGUUAAUAGCAGCAUGCGGUAGAUCCUGAACAGAACGUACAGUCAGUUAUCCCUCUGACCGUAUAACAUUGUAAUAAAAAUUGACUGAACUGUUGACGAGCCGAUUUGUUUGUCUUCACCUCAGGCAGGACAUCUGCAGAGCGAGGGAUAAGUGUGACACCUUAGGUACAUGGAUUUCUAUUUUCAUGUGUCAUAAACAUGCGUAAUGUGAUUCACAACUGAUCCUGAAAACAAAAAAAAACUGAAACAGUCUUUUUCCCCCCUCCUGUUUUCAAGGACUUGCAGAGUUGGGCACUGUGUGUGAUCCAUACAGGAGCUGCAGCAUAAGUGAAGACAACGGACUCAGCACUGCCUUCACCAUCGCCCAUGAACUUGGCCAUGUGUAAGCACAGCAUGUUUCACUGACUGUUUACUAAAGUACUGUCAUCACUCCUAGCUGAUGAGAAUUUUGGCUUCAGGGAGACAUUGGUAGAGCUUUAGAGGUCUUUCUAGGAAUCCAAACAUGCCUCACUCACGAAUGAGGAUCAAGGAAUCUUGCAUAUUUGGACAGUAACACAAAAGCAGUGCAUUCCUUUUUUUCCUUCAGUUUCUGAGGCUUUUGUGUUUCUGAUCACACUCUUUUAAUUUUUACCUGCAUUUAAUCUUAAAAGAAGUUAGGGAAAGAGUCUGCAAAUUGGACUUUCCAGAAGUAAAGAAACCCUUCAGCUGGUUCUGCAUGAUCCAACAGCCUGAAUCAGUCAGAGCUGGGUGGAAGAGGGAGGGUGGAAAAGGGGGCGUCUACAGUGGAGACUGUUACAAAUCUUUACAGCCCCCGUCACCUUUAACAAAUGCUCACUACAGCCUCUUAAAAAGAAGCGGGAUUGUUCAAUUCCAUGUUUAUGUGCAUCAGGCUUUGACAACGAGCAUGGUGACUGAUAAGCCCCUGAGCUCAGUGUUACAUGGUACCUGUAAGGUGGGGAGCUGAGCAGCUGAAAGAGGACUGUGGGGAGUCUAAUGUACCUGGUUACCACCAACCAGGAUCUUAUUAUUCACCCGGCAGGCGCUUGAAUGCUUCUCUUAUACUUACUGUGCUCUGAUUUUCACAUCCAAAUUUUUCUGCUAUGCUGGUUGCCCAGUGUUCAUAUAAUUUAAUAUUGUGCUGGUUUCUUUCCAGACUCCCCACAGGCAGGCAAUACAAAUGCUCUGCAUUAUUUUCAACAACAACCCUGAAUGGGUUUCCCACAGCCAGCAUCAGCGACAGUGAAAAUAUAGGAUUGGUGUUUAGAUGAAAAACAUGUGGCAGAAUAAAUGAAAAACUACAACACACGAACAAGCAAUUUUUCUCUGGGUGUUAUUUUCUUUGUUCUUUGAGAAACGCUCACUUAAAACCUUGAAGUUCCUGCCAAAAGCGAUGCAUUUUUAAUUCUAACACUGGCUUUUGUAAUAUUUAUCUCAGCCAGACAGUUGUCUCACACAGUCGAGCAUCUGUGGGACAAAGACAAACAACAGAAAUAGUACCAGAAGAAGAAAAGAAAAAAAGUCUCAGCCCUCCAUACUUCUUUCAUUACAUGUUUUAUGACACUGUCCACCAGCUGAUAUGUUUAUCUCUCCUUUUAGGUUCAACAUGCCUCAUGAUGACAGUAUCAAGUGUAAAGAGGAUGGAGUAAAGGUUCAGCAACAUGUGAUGGCUCCCACACUUAAUUACAAUACAAACCCCUGGAUGUGGUCCAAGUGUAGCAGGAAGUACAUCACCGAGUUCCUUGAGUAUGUUGCCCUCUUUUCUUCUAAGUGGUUUCACAACAUGCAUGUGGAUUUGGAGAAUUAGAUGAUUCUCCUACAUAUGUUAUCUUUAACAUAAUAACACACACAAUUAAAUAGCAGUUUAUGUAUAUCUCUUUUUUCACUUUUGGCUAUAUUAGACCCAUUUUAAAAGUAGCCACACUAAAUUAUUGAAGUUUCUUUGGGCUGCUGCAGUCUCUCCAGUCUCUUCUCUUCAAAAGGAACCUCUGAGAAAUCUCAUGAACUCUCUCUACCCAGAGUCCUCCUCAUCAAGCUCCUGAAACAUCACUUACUCAAUACAGUUGACUGCACAUACACAGAAAUCUGAGAAAACUGUGUGUACAGUAGGGGUGCUACAUCUAUAUGUGUAGAAAAAAAAGUGACCUCUCCGCUGUACUGAGUGUGUUUUUUGUCUGUCUUUUUGUGUCUCUUGUUUUUCCCUUUUUCUUUAAGUCAUUUUAUUUUUAUUUCUUAAUAGCACAGGAUAUGGUGAAUGCUUGCUUGAUGAGCCCGUUUCUAGGCCGUACAGUCUCUCGCAGCAGCUGCCUGGACGGAUAUACAAUGUCAAUAAACAGUGUGAAUUGAUAUUUGGGCCGGGGACGCAGGUGUGCCCUUAUAUGGUGAGUGGACUUGGUGUGUUAAUCUAAACUGUCAUGUUGCAUAUGCAGUUCUCUGGGAGAAGCCUCCUCUGUUAUUAACAUGUGCUGCGGACCUCCUCAGCUGAGUCUGAAGCCUACGAGGUCACACAAUGGGUUAAUCGGCUUUAUUUUAACACGCAUGCAGAUAUCGAGAAAUUUAAGACACAUCAAACCAUUCAUCUAUGCAUAUGUACCUUGUUGGCUCUAAUAUAAUAAUAUGUGUGCAAGCCUUUGGCACUGUGGGUUUGUUUUCUUUAUUGGAAUUCUCUUUUUAUUUUACUUCAAAAUCCGUGUUGAUAUUUGUUGUGUUUGUGUGUUUCUCAGACCCAGUGUAGGAGGCUGUGGUGCACCAGUCCUGAGGGCGCCCAAAGAGGCUGCAGGACCCAGCACAUGCCCUGGGCUGACGGCACAGACUGCUCCCCUGGAAAGGUAAGUGAAAUGAGCAGAAGGAAGGGCGCUUGGAGUGAGCAGCUGUCUGUAGCAUUUACAGGAGCAAUAGAGGGAGAAAAAGACAUAUUCUACCAAGAGAUUGAGUCAUAAUCAGAAAAUGAGGAGUUGAGUGUUAAAUUCAUGAGGUUUUGACAACCUCUUUGACUGUCAUGUUCUUGCAUCGUAUUAUGUUUUAAUAGUCAUAUUGUUCAAUGCUACAAUCUCAGUUUCCUCACCACAUUGCCUGGUUUUAAUCCAGAGGCUUUCCCGAGCCCAGGGACUCAUCGUGAUGACAUUUUACAUAAGCAUUUUAAUGUUGGAGCGGAAAUCUCAGCAUUGCUGUAAACUCUGUUAACUUUUUUGACUGUGUAGUCACGAGCGAUGAGAUUUUCCUCAUAAGGAUCUGAUAAAUUAAAGAAACUUCUUACUGACCUAUUUUUUUUCUGUCAUUGUGACUCUGAGAAGAUCAAAGGACGUGAAGACACACUCACUCACACACACACACACAGUUACAUUUCGUGUUUACACACAGCUUCUCUUGCAGGGCCAGAGCACAGCACGCUUUACACUGAUGUUGGAGUCUGUUGAAGAGCGUGAGAUUAUCCCCCUGUUAUGAACUUAGAUAUAUUUAUUGACUAUGUGCUUGACGUUUACUUGUCUUCUUCUCGGGGCAAACCCAGCCGUGAAAGCCUUUUUUUAGUCUUUCAUUUUUUUCAUUUGCUUCACUGUAUAAUUUCUCCCAGAUUAGCAUCAAAGCGCACUAGAGCAGAUAGAUGUAUUGCCAGCUCUACAGAUAAUAUUUCAUAUGCUCUCUCUGUCUGUUUCUCUCCUUUUUUGACUUUUUCUCCGUCUCACGCCUAUUAUUCUCGCCUCAUUGCUCUCCUCUCAUAUCCUUGCGCUCUUCAUUCAUCUAACUCCUCUCUUUACUGUUUCUCUUUCGUUGCAGCACUGCAAACAUGGCCUGUGUAUAGCCAAAGAGCAUGACGCCACACCUGUGGAGGGGGCAUGGGGAGUUUGGAGUCCCUUCGGUACCUGCUCGCGAACGUGCGGCGGGGGAAUCAAGAUUGCUGUGCGGGAAUGCAACCGACCCGUGUAAGCAGUUCCUCCCUUUGUAGUCAUUCAUGUCUAGUGGACCUUGUCUCCAUUUUAGCUACCAAAGUCAGUGUUGCAUAGAUCAAGCCUUCUUGAGGGAAUUCUUUCCAUAGCUUAAGUUCAACUGAUGGCAGAUCCUCCACAGUUGUUUCCGAGUAAAAAAAAAAGAAAGGAGAAAAGGGAGAUAAAGAGAUCAUUUAGACUCCUCGAAAGUUGCCUUUCAUCCUGGUUUCACAGAGAGCAAGAAACAAUAGUUCAUGAUGAGUCUGACACUGUGAAUAGUGCCGUUCACAUAAUGUGUGCGGUAGCAGGUAGUUUGAUGAAAGUAAGAACAGGGAGAUUAAUUAAUGUUUUAACCUGAAGGAGAAAAUGUCUUGCAUCUACCUUUCAGCCUCGAAAACGUCCAACUUAGACUAAGGCUUGACUAAUUUACUGACUCACCCAAUCUUGCCAAUCUUUCCCCCAGGCCCAGGAACGGGGGGAUGUAUUGUGUUGGCCGCAGGAUGAAGUUCCGUUCCUGUAACUCUGAGCCCUGCUCCAGGCAGAAGAAAGACUUCAGGGAGGAGCAAUGUGCAGCUUUUGAUGGCAGGCACUUUAACAUCAACGGUCUACCUCCUAAUGUUCGCUGGGUACCCAAGUACAGCGGAAGUAAGAAUAACAUUCCAGCAGCUCUUUGCUUUUGCCAAAGUUGUUUCCCUUAAUACACAUAAUUUGAGUUUGGCACAAGCGUAUAUUUGUAUGAAAUUUUGUCUCUGUUUUACCCUCUCUGUCAGUCUUGAUGAAGGACAGGUGUAAGCUAUUCUGCAGGGUGGCAGGCAGCACAGCCUACUAUCAGCUCAGGGACCGGGUCAUUGAUGGCACACCAUGUGGACCUGAUACUAAUGACAUCUGUGUCCAGGGACUGUGCAGGGUGAGUGAUCUUUCUUGAUCAUUAGCUCCAAUGCAUACAUGCAGCUAAUUCUAUCAUAAAAACAUCAGGUUCUGACUGUGAACAUUUUUGGAAAGUUAUCAUGUGGAUCAGUUUAAUCAUUUCCAAAAGGUUUCAGCAUCCUCUCCAAACCCAAAUGUGUUUAUUGCUUUAAACCUUUGACGGAUAGACUUUGAGUUUGAAAGCUUGAUUACUAACAUACCAUGCACAUCAGUUUGCCUCUCCAAAGAAGUGGUGGGCUUCUCUGUGUACACUCUAAACCACACACAAUGUUUUGGUUGGAUUGAGGUUCAAUUAAAUUUGCCUUCCUGGUCUCAGUAAGUCGAUUUUUUAUUUGUGCAGUGGCAUUAGAAGUAGGUUUUCACCCUUUAAUGAAGAAUCAGUAUCCACAACUCAGUAAUGACAAGCAGAGCAGAUCGUGCCAUUUCCAGCGUGGUUUUUUGGAAGGAAAUUAUUUUCACAUGCGAGUCAGUGAUAUGGAUGAAAUCAAAGAGACCUUGUGCAACUAUUUUAUGGGUCACUGGGUUUGAAUAAUAAUAAAUGCUUAUUUAUCAUUUCAUCUCCAACAAUGUGACUUGGCUGUUUUUGUUGUUUAAAGCCUCUGAGACAAACUUUUGGUUUAUGUUGAUUUUGGCGCCCCCUGUGCACAAACGCAGACCUUUCAUGUCCUUGCUUUCUCUUCAGCUUCAUACAUGCUUUAGGUGUGUUUUCAACAAAACAGUCCCAUAUAUAACUUAUCAGCGGUGGGAAUGGCAGGGUGCAGUCAAUCGCUCCAACCGAUACUUACCUCAACUUGAUGUAAAGAGUUACCAUAUAGAGAGAGUCGAUAUUUAUGCUCAUUGACGCAUUUCCUCUUGUGUGUCUUAAAGAGACAUCACUAUGACUUUCAGUCUGUUCCAUAACUAGCGUCAUAACCCCUCGCAGGAGCUUUAAUAGUGCAUUGCGAUACGAAAUCUGAUGUUGUUUUCUGACUUCUGUUACUCAUAGCACCGGUCCUCAUUUACUCCUCUGUUAACUUUCACAUUAUUGUUUCCUCCACCAUCCUCCUGCCGCUCCAGCAAGCAGGCUGUGACCAUGUACUGAACUCAAAAGCCAGAAGGGACAAGUGUGGCGUAUGUGGAGGCGACAACUCGUCCUGUAAAACUGUGGCAGGCACUUUCAACAUCGUUCGCUAUGGUGAGCUUCAUCAUCUUUUAUCAUGACAAUUUGUUUUAUUCUAUGUACUAUAAUCAUAAUAAUGUCAAGCUAUUGUUCACACCAUUUACAGGCUAUAAUGAAGUAGUGCGAAUACCCAUUGGUGCUACAAACAUAGAUGUGCGACAGCACAGCUAUUCAGGGAAACCAGAGGAUGACAACUACCUCGGUAAGACAUCCUUUAGUUUGAUUAAAAACUACUGUUGUUGUUCCAAUCGAUCAUUGUUUGAAAUAUUCUCUUUGUACUGUUUUAGGCCUUUUGUAGGCCGUGCUGUUAUAAGCUCCUACUUUCAUCUCCGUGAUUUGUCUGUGCUUCUCUUUGAAUAAGCAUAUUCACGUUUUAAGUUUAGGUUCUGUAUUGCUAAGUGCAGAAUUGGCAUCUAGCAUGCACUCUUAAAUGUUAAUGAGCCAUAAAGUUAGUGGGUGCCAAUCCAGCAAAGCUUGUUGGUUUGUCUCCCACAUGCAUUUUCGCAGGUGUGUAUUUUCUUUUGUUCUGUAAACGUGUGGCUUUCUGUACCAUAUGCUAUCUGUCAGUCCAAAUAUCACUUCUGUACACUAAUAGCUGCUUUGUCAGCUAUUAGUCUACGUGUUGGCAAAAGCACGCUUAAACUUGAGUUUGGAAAGCCCUUUGGCUACCAUUCCAUCAAGGUCAACAUGUGUGUGUCUGCAGGUGCGGAGUGUAUACUGCUCAUUGCAGUAAUUAUUGUUGUGUUUUAAGGCUCUGUACGCGUGUUUAUUUGCCUUUUGCUUGUUUAUAUGUCAAGCUGUGUGCAAGAGCACAGUCACAAGGGGCCCAAAGUGGUGAUGAUUCAACUGGAGUAGGGGCUGCUCUCCAUGAUCAUAUUAGUGUAAUGUGUGAAAUGGCGAGGAAAGUAAAGGCAGGAAAUUAGCUCCAUAAUCCCAUUAAGGUGAAUGAGUGCAGCAGACUGGCCGUUGAACAGAAUGGGACGCCCCUGGAUGGGACUUCUUAGGGAAUAGAGGAUUACUUUACCCCAUUAGACUUUACCGCUCCCGCUGCUCUUGCUGUCCUGUAAAAUGUCGCUUUAGUCACCAUGCUCUUAAGUGGCUUCAUCCUAUGAAAGCUCUUUGUUUCAUAUUAAAUAAAGCUCAUUCUGCCUCCCUCCUCAAAUGGGAUCAAGCAAAGAAAGUGACUGUUGUCCUCUGCCUCCCUGCAGCCAUAUCAAAUAGCCGUGGAGAGUUCCUGCUUAAUGGGGAGUUUGUGGUCAGCAUGUUCAAAAGGGAAAUCAAAGUGGGAAAUGCCAUCAUAGAAUACAGUGGCUCUGACCAUGUCAUUGAGAGGAUCAACUGUACUGAGCGCAUUGAGGAGGAGAUCAUUGUCCAGGUAAGCGCUACUUACUAAAGGGUGAGAUAUGUGAUGUAGAAGUUUCAAAAGUAGAAUAGUUUUAUAAGUGGUUGCACGACUGAAUAUUCCUGCAUCAAAAAAAUCUUUAGAAUUAUACGUUAAAACACAAGCUCCAAAGUCUUGACCUUAUAAAAAGCUAGACUUUUAGUUUUGAAAGAUGUGGGCCAUCCAUGAUGUAGAAAUAAAACAAUAAUCUGACUGCAUUAUAAUGCAUAUCACAUUGUCUGUCUGCAUGCUCCACAGGUGCUGUCUGUAGGGAACCUUUACAACCCAGAUGUCAGGUACUCUUUUAACAUCCCCAUAGAGGAUAAACCUCAGCAGUUCUUCUGGGAUGCCUAUGGGCCCUGGCAGGAGUGCAGCCGUCUUUGCCAAGGUGAGGGGGAGGCACAAGUGGUUGGCACAGUGAGGUGAUGAGAGCCAUCAAUGAUAAAUGGUUUGGUGAGACUAAGAUGAAAUGGGACAGAGUAAAGCGAUGUGAGAACCACUGAGCCAGCCUGACACAGAAGAGAGAGUUUGUCAGGCAAGAGUUGACAGAUUUAUGCUAGACAUAUAGGUUUGGGACAAAUGAUUAAGGGUUGACCUCUUGGUACAGCGUAGCCGGUUACUUUCUUUGGCUUGGAUAUGUUGGAGUGUGUGGGUGUGCAGAGGCAUAUUGCAAGUAAACUCGAAAACUUGGUAUGUGUUGUAGCUCAAAGACUUUUCUCGACUAUUUUUUUUAUUUUUUUUCAAUUUUGACGCUGCCUUGCUUGAAUGACCAAUAACAAAUUCAAAAGGGAAACCACUGAGUUCACACUGUGGGAUAAACUGCCAACAUGUUAUGUCAUUAGCACUUUUUUUCAUGUAUUUGGCUGUCCUGACAGCCUCCUAACUGUUAACUUUGUCCCUUACUGUAUUGUUGUUCAACUGAGAUUUAGUGCAGGAUUGUCAAGACACAAGUCAAAGUGAAAUGCACAUAGAUAUUGUUAGUUGUGUUAUGGAGAAUGUGGAAUAUUGAGAAUAUGGAGUAUAUAUGACUUGGGUAGGUUUUUUUAAAUUUAGGUAACAACUUGCUGGAUCUUGUAGAAGCUGAGAUUAAGUUUCAUAAGUGGAGAUCUAUGUUCAGAUAAAACUCUAAAGCUGGACCUAUCCCAAAGCCUUAAUAUGAAACAAAUAUGCAAAUGCAGUUGGAAGUAUAAAAAAAAAAAACAUCUAUGUGGCAUUUUCUGUUUCUUUCAGUGAAUGUGCCAAUUAUAUUUUGGGGCGUUUUCCCAACACCUUAUCUGAGUCUGUUAAUUUUUUCUUUAGGAGAGCGCAAGCGAAAGAUUCUCUGUAGCAGAGAGUCUGACCGGGUGGUGGUGUCAGACCAGAGGUGUCAUGGUACAGCUAGACCUGCUGUCAUCACUGAGUCCUGCAACACUGAAUGUGAACUCAGGUUAGUUUCAAACCAGCCUUUAGUUACUAUAUGAACCAGUCAGCCAUCCUCUUCUCACUUGAUCACCUUGAUACCUGACCUAGAUUUGCCUUAUCCCCUUCGUUGCAGGUGGCAUGUGGCUCGCAAGAGUGAGUGUACAGCCCAGUGUGGCCUGGGAUACCGAACCCUGGAAAUUUACUGUGCCAAAAUCAGCCUUACAGAUGGGAAGACCCAGAAGGUGGACGACCGCUACUGUAGCGGUCAGCGCAAGCCUGAUGACAAGGAAGGUUGCCAUGGUGACUGCAAUCCGGGUGGCUGGGAGUACUCAUCUUGGUCGGAGGUAAGAUUGUUGUGGGAAAUGUGGGGGUUUGUGUAUUAUCAUGAUCCAGAUGUUUGGCAAAGUUUAUCUGGAGUUGUGUAUAUGUUCCUACUUCCUGAUGUUCAAACGUUUGAAUUUGCUGCAGUGCUCCAAGAGCUGUGGUGGGGGAACCCGCCGUCGAGGGGCAGUGUGUCGAAAGGCAGCUGACGCUGGUGGCGAUGAGAGCAAAUGCAGUCAAAGGGACAAGCUGACCGUCCAACCCUGCAAUGAAUUUCUCUGUCCACAAUGGAAGACUGGCGACUGGUCGGAGGUAGGUUCAGCUCCUCAUUAUGUUUGUACCUAGACUCUCAGAAGAAAUCUAGUCUGAUACCAAUAAUGGCAUAAAAUGGUUCAUAUGUAGAAAGAGAAAAGACUGGGGAGAUAAUUUAAGAGAAUAACAUAUACAAUGAAUAUCAUUGCUUUAUUGUAAAAUGUAUGCAUAGAAAAGGACUUUAAGAGAAGAAUGAUAAUUAACUGAUAUAAGGGUUUCUGUUUCUAAAUAUAUUUACAUAAAGCCUGUGCAUAUAUACAUUCAUCUGUGAGAGCAACUACCUUGUGUUUACGUAGCUGGCUCGAGCAAAUGGAAAAAUGAAAAGACUCCAGUCUCAAUACUGUAGUUGCAAUCGAUCCAGCAGUGAUGUGGGUCAUAUGUAAAAUCCCAGUGCUGAUUGUGCAUGUCUAAGCUAUAGAGGGUUCCUCCCCUCCUCUCAGUGCACUGAGUGUUGGGAAAUCUGUGAUUGCAGGGUAAGAUUGGUCUUAACUGCUGUACAGUUUUCACUCUGUAGAGUGAGGUGCUUAGAAAGAUUUGGCCUGCAUUCCAGGAAUUUUUCAGAUCUCCCAUGUGGUGCUGCUGAAUACAAACACCUACUCUGCACUGAAUGCAUAUGCACUGUACUCACAUAAAUAAAGGCUAUUACGGUGACUUUUUUCAUCUCCAUUUCCUGCUGAUGAUCUUCUGCUGUAACAGUGUUGGAAAAAAAAAACAGACUCAGUGGCUGGUAACAACCAUAGCUGUUGUUUUCUGAACAUAUAUUUUUUUCUUACACUCUUUCAGUGUCUCGUGACAUGUGGGAAGGGCUACAAGCAUCGUCAGACGUGGUGUCAGUUUGGUGAAGACCGUUUAGAUGACCGAUUUUGUGGGUCGACCAAACCUGAGUCUGUGCAGACUUGCCAGCAGCAGGAGUGUGCCUCUUGGCAGGUCGGACCCUGGGGACAGGUAAGUGUUGACUAUGGUGUUCAGUGAUACAACACAAAGAUUUUUGUCAGAGUUGUGAAUGUAUGACAAAUGUUUUCAGCAUAAAAAGGUGAUUUUUGAGGAGAGAGGGUCAACAGUAGCAGUCUUAGACAGCGGAUCACAUGGAUCGUAUAUUAUGUUGUGAGCCUUACAGAGGCAUCAGGUUCUUUUCAAGGAAAUAAAAAAAUCUAAAUCUACAGUACACAAUAUACAUCCAAACUUUUCCUCUAAUGAGAAAAUGAUGCAUUUUUUCUUUUAGUAUCUAAGAGGAUUAUCAACAUACCUUCAUCCACAUUUACUGCCUCUGUUUAUUGUUGAGCAGUGUUCAAGCUUGUUGAGAUGAAAAGAUUUACGAUGUCCAUUUUUGCUAAUGAACCCUCACAGACGUAAACCAGUGAGAGGACAGAGAUAAGCUAAGCUCAUCGUUUGGCCCUGGGCCCUUUUCUCACGCCCGCUGAGACACAGAGCAUAUCCUGCCAAAAUAAAUAGACCAAAGCUAUGAAUGGGUAGGCAUGUUCUUCUACAAGGCAUCAUACCAUGGUCUACAUACAGGAUAUAGUUUCUGUUUGUGUUUGUCUGUGUGCGUCUGGCUCCAUCUCAUUUGUGUUUGUGCACAGACGACCGGACACCCAAAAAUUUGAGAUAUCUGUGUGCCCCCAUCACAGGAUGUGCACACAUUAAGGUAUAGUUGAAGUUGUUUAAUGGAGCGUGGUCAAAUGGUAGUUGAAGUUGCCGCCACACAAGUUUGACCCUGUUUCAUUGGAGGCAGUGGAGCAGAAGAGAGCAUGGGGUAGGACCCUCUGACUCGACUAUGGUGGAAAAAGACAAGUACAAUCUAUAAUGUAUAUGAGUCUCUUCUGUAUUUAAUUAUCUGAUCUCUAUCAACCUAAAAGAGAAGUUUUUGGGUUCAGAUGUAUUUAUGCUAUAAAUGUUCCUCUGUUGGCUCAGAUGAACACACUCUCUCCUGCUAUCCUUGCCCUUUUCAGCAUUUUUUUUUAUUUGGAUCGCUGUUGCUCAUGUUUCUCCACCUCUCCUUUUUUUUUCCUUCUGUGAACUCAGUGCACUACCUCGUGUGGGCCAGGCUACCAGAUGCGAGCAGUGAAGUGUGUAGUUGGCUCUUAUGGUGCUGUCAUGGAUGAUACUGAAUGUAAUGCUGCCACCAGACCCACUGAUACCCAGGUAAAUGGGCUCAUCCUUCUCUUUGAUUACAUACUUUCCUGCUCUAUGGAACAUAUUCACUAUACUUAUGCCAACUGCAAUCAAGCUCUCUUUGUUUCCCACGUAUGAGCACAACAGUUGUUCCGGUGUCAAGUUUCAAACUGAUUUAUAUUGUGAAGACGGAAGGAAGCGUCCAUGUUCAUGGAGACUGACACCCAAAACACACACACACACACACACACACACACACAUAGAAGUACACCCGUUUCUUUUCCACCUGGUCUCAAUAAAACUUUGUUGUCUGGUCCACUGGGAAAGACUGAGGGGGAGGUUGUAGCAGCCCUCCUAUCCCCACAUGGACUAAAACUUACAGAAUACUUCUGUGCACGCUUGCUGUCUUUUCUAAGAGACACUGUCAGAACUCAUGAUUGCCCUGAAAGUGUUAACUUACUUCCCUGUGCCCUCACAUCAGAGCAUCCUUCAAAUGUAAUAACUAACUUGAAUAGCCAUUUGUUCCCGUGUUUAUUGAAGCUUCAAUUUCACAGGUAAGACUUUAGCAGGAGCUACAAAUUCUUGAUCUCUAAUACUCAAAUUAGACUAAUUUGCUUUGUCAAAAUCCAUUUGACUGAACUUGUUGUGUUGUUUAUAGAGUACAGAGGGGCACGGCAGACACAAAGGGACGCAGAAACACCAAAGGAAUCUAUUGUGGUCGUUGUGGUCCACUGCAGGGUCUAAAUCUAUUUCAGAGAGCUGAAUAUGCAGACGAAGGACGGGGCCCCCCUUGUAGCUGCGGUGGCUCUUUAGUCUGGAGUCUGGGCCAGCAGAUUCAGUGACCCUUAAGCAGUCGCCUCACCUUGUUGCAGUUCAGACCAGCCUGCCAUGAAUUGGGCCACCAGUCUAGCUGCCUCUAGUGACCAAGCAGGGUUUAGAAAAAAGGCAGAGAUGGACAGAGUGCAAAGAAGAAAGAGAUGAAAGCAAGAGAUGCCUUGCUGAAUAAUUUCACAUGAGGAUGUGAUGAAAGCUGCACAGUCAGGACUAGUUUGGACUAUUAUAUGAUUUCAUUAAGCCUUGGAGCUGUAGUGCACAUGCAAGACACGCACACUCAUGAUCAUUUUGGUUUAUGCAGGUUGAGCUUAGGUCAUACAGGAAAUGUGCAAAGAGCAACUUUAAGCACUGACAUGAUGGCUGUUUGCAUCCAUUAUGAGGCGGAGUGUGGAAUGUGGAGCCUGUUCAGAGCCUGUGCGACCUGAUUAAGGCCCUUUUUCCUAAAGCGGUGGGGUCAAAGGGCACCAGAGGGCAUGGGGGAAAAAGAGAAAGGGCGGAAGGUGAGAGACAAGGGGAUGGAUUAGGGGUGGAGUUUACAACCACGCCAGCAUGGGCAUUGGAGCCCUGAAUACCACUCCACUAUGACCUGUUAUGACAGGGAUCAGGGCUUUAUGCUGAAUGGCUUACUGCCACAAUCCAUAGUUUGAACUGACCAGGGGGACCCUCUUGGUGUUGUUUUGGUAAGGGGUUUGGGGUGGUGGUGUAACACGACUACCCUCAAAGACAGUGCUGAAGCAAUAUGUUUAGAGUUUUUAAUGACUGUUUCAUGUCAGAGGAGCUACCUCUGAUAUUCCUGGUAUUUAGUGGUCAGGGACAGAUGUUGUCACAGUGUAUUCAUUUUGUUAAUCACUGCAUAAAUGAGUGUAUGUGUCCUCCCUCCACAGGACUGUGAACUGGCCCAGUGUCCCAGCAACCAUCCUGUUCUCCCAGGGACCAAAGUCCCCUCCCACCAGGGCACUAAAACUCAGUGGCGGUUUGGUUCCUGGACCCAGGUUAGUUGUGCUGUUCCUGUUUUGUUUGUCUUUUUUCUUUUCUUUUUUUUGUCAGUAUCAAGUUUCAUAGCAUGUCUAAUUUGCACAACAGUGUAGUGCCAGCUGUGGUAAAGGGACACGAAUGCGGUACGUGAGUUGCCGUGACAACCAAGGUGGUGUGGCAGACGAGUCAGCGUGUGCCCAUCUACCAAAACCCCCUGCCAGGGAAGUGUGCUCAGUAGUGGCCUGCGGACAGUGGAAAGUGCUGGAAUGGACAGUGGUAAGAAAGGCACCCGUUGAUAUUGUUGAUUCAGUUGUAUCUGACCCAGUUUUCACACAUUAUCUCUUAGCCAUAACAUCCAACAGAGUAGAUAAAUACAGGGUAAAGCAGCUGCACACAAACCUAUCAAAGCUUUACCAACAUGAAGAGAAAAGUUAAGUUUCAAACAAAUUUUGCAUUUGGAACAGUUUUUUUUUUUCCCAGUUUAAGCAAUGAGCAUUCUCCUUCAAAUCUGCAUCUCAUUAUCUUGACACUACUAUUGUUUAUCCUAAAUUGCAUGUCAUCAAUAUUGCCAUCCAGAUGUUUUCUUUUCAUUCUGUUUGUUUGUUUCUGUUAAAUCUCCAUUAUUCUUCACCUACUCAGACAAUUAGUGUCUCCACACGCUAUGUAGAUGUUUGUAUGAGCAACAAGGUGGCAUCUGGAAGGCGAGUGUGUAUUGAGGGUAGAGAAGGAGUGUAUGCUGUGAGAAACCGGGAGAGAGAGAGAAAGAGAGAGAGGGAGAGGUGGGGUGAGGGUGAAGUUUCUAAGGAUUUAUAAAGCAAAGGCUCCAGUUAGGGGCUCCAGUCUUGUUUACAGAUGUUUCUCAUCAGAGUCUUAGUGAUACAGUACAGCCAGACUUCAGGUCUGGUCACCACACACACACACACAUACACAUACACGCACGCACACACAAACACACAGUCAUGUACACCAGAGUCCAUGUAUCACCAAGCCAAAGACACUCAUUGACCCAAAAAAAAAAAAAAACUCAAAGAAGAAAAAAGAAAAUAGUUUAUCCCAAGGCUAGACCAGCUACAUUGGUCAUACAGAAACACAUAUAGAAUCAUCUACUACUUAAAUAGUUUAAUAACCUCAAUCAUGAUAAAGCAGGCUUUUUUGUAACAGUUUUAUGAUAGUUGAUGUUAUCCAAAAGCUUUAUUUCUUGUAUCCUGGAAUGAAUUGGUUGACUGCAUGCAAACUCGUCUUUUAGUGUCUCAAACCAUGCAGUAUCCCAACAUUGCAACACAGCAGUGUAAACCUCUGGACAGUGUAAUCCUAAGCAAGGUUUUAGAGUAGACAGCUGUUGCAUAAAUGUAAUAGAUUGACUUAUGCAAGACAGAAAGUGGACUCUGAUUUAGAGGAGCCCACUGAGACACCAUUAGUUACAGGCAGCAGAUUUGCUUUGCCUGCGCCUUUUUUCAUGAAAAAAUAUACGUCUUCUGAAAGAAGCAGCCUCACCACAAAGUAAGGCUUUCCUUGGACAAAGGUAAAAGAUUAGCCUUUCCAUUGUUGUUUUUUUAUUAGUUUAUUUAUUUCCAAUUUAUUUCAGACUCAGGGGAACUAUUUAUUUGCAAAAAGUAAUCUCAUGAAAAUGGUAAUUUUAAUAUCCUAGCAAAAGGUAGUAAGUAAAGAAGGUGGGAUAGAGGAGGGUGAGAAAAACUGACCAUGAAAUACUGCUAUACAGUCAAAUCUCUGUCCAUACAUACAAAAUGUUUCACUGAAUAAUUAAGACUAUCAUUUCCACACAUAUAUAAUAACAAAGUCUGAAGAAAAAGAGCAUUAGGGUUGAUAUAGCUGCUUGUUUUCUUGUAUUCAAACCUGAUAAUGUUAUAUAAUGUACAUGUUAUAAUGUUAUAAUGUUAUUUGUUUACUGAUUUGAGUCCAAGAUGAAGUGUGAAAGGAGUUCAACAUUAAUCUAAGCCGAGUAACAUUUCAAAAGUCGAGUGUUAGCUUGAAAUGAGAUCAACACCUUAAUAUCUGAUGGAGAUAUCUUGUGGUCCAGAGGUUAACAGUUGCAGCAAUAUGCAGAGGCUACAGUCAUUCAGGCACAGAUCCAGACCAUCACAGGGAAAUUCUCAGUUAAGUGUCAGCUGUGGUAGCAAACUUUGGACUGUGGCGUAAAAAACAAGACUAAGACCAUUUAGUAUCUGGGAAGGAUGAAGAGGGAAAGAUGAACAGAGAGAAAACAAAAGCAAACUUGCCACUUGUCUAUUUCGUUUCAUAAUGAAUAUAAUUCAAGGCUCUUUUUUUUUAUCUCAAUUUUAUCAUCUAAAAACAUCACUUUUUAUGAUGAAUCAAAGGUCACAUAAUCCCUGUUAGGUUUACUGAUCUGCCUUUUAAGGAAGAUUUGUGGUUUGUUUUUGAAUUCUAACCUUAUGCGACAAACCUUUUCCUCACAGCAGCACAUUGGUGUAACACGAUGUGAUCGAACACUCAAAGACAUUUCUUUCAAUGCCAAAGACUUUGGAGAAAUACAGAACAAUGUGUGAUAACAAUUUCUAUUGAUAGAUUAUGAGAGUUAGGGCAAAAAAUAUGAUCAUUUUAUUUUGAAUGAUGCAAUAAAAUGAAAAUAAUGCAAAUCAACAUGGCAAAUGUUGGAACAGAAUCCUAUUUUUAUGCUUGAAAAUACAUGUUCAUUACACAUUUGAAGCCAAGAACAUGUGUCAAAGCAGUUACAACAAAACUCUGCAAAAGUUGUUUAAUACUAAAAUGAACUGUUGGAGGCCCCAUAGUAGCAGAGGUUGGGUGCCAAACUGGCACGCCUGCAGUCCUGGCUUGUUACCUACUGAAGACAUGUGAGGGAUCAAAACGCAACAACCAGAUCUUUCAAAACCCCAGAAACUGGUCUCUUUGGUUCCCAAAAAUACACAGAGGUGAUGAAACAAAACGCUCUUUUCAAAAUGCGUUGCUGACAUCAAAUUUAAAUCAUGCAUAUGACGUAUUGACGUUCUGUCAAACAUUUACUCUAUUAUUAAGUGGAUAUAAAGUUUAUAGGACUUCUAAACUUUCUGUUUAAUUUUACAUAUACAUAUAUAUAUAUAUAUAUAUAUAUAUAUAUAUAUAUAUAUAUAUAUAUAAUUUAUUUUUUUUUGCACACGGUCCUGAAAUUUGGGAAUUGGGACUGUACAUUGACAUUCAAGAGCAAAUGUGUUUGUGCUUAAGAAUAACCUCGCCACCCUCUUGAUGUGCUUUCAGUGCUCAGUAACCUGUGGUCAGGGGAAGACGACACGGCAGGUACUGUGCGUCAACUUUAGUGACCAAGAAGUGAACGAGAGUGAGUGUGACCCAGACGAUCGUCCCACCACAGAGCAGGACUGUGCUAUGUCUCAAUGCCCCUCCCGCAGUGAGGCCCGGCCUUUCCCAUCGUCUCCAAACACCGGCAGCAGGAACAACCUGCCGCGUAGCCAAUCCCAUCAAUGGCGGACUGGACCCUGGGGCGCGGUGAGGCAUCUCAAACCCAGCUUCAUCAGAAACAUUUCGCACCUGUUAUUUUAAAUGUAACUGUAACUAUAACUUUGAGAGACAGUCAUGAAAUAAGGCUUUGUAUACAGGUCCUCAAUUUUUUUUAGAUAACGUCUUAUUCAUGUGAUUUGAAAACCCCGGAUAUUACAACCCCAGGGACUCAGGCGCUUCACCCUGUGGAUCUCUCUGAUUUUUUUCACAAGCACUGCAAUAAUUUUUGUCCAAAAAUAACUUUCAAUACUUAAAUAAUUCUUGGUAUUUCUGUUGACUGUUGCUUCCUCUGCCAUGAGGAUGUGUAUUUAAAGAAAGCAGCAGACAUGAUCAAUCAUGUGACAUUAGAUGUCCCCAUACUGCUCUCUGAUUAUUUUGAUAGAGUGACAGUAAAGAUGGCAGUGUCAAAAUGAAAUGUCCUUAUUUACACCUGGGUUUGUGAGAACCUCUGUCUGACAUUCUGCACUGUUUGCUCUCUAUAACAACAGUGUUCCAGCACUUGUGCAGGAGGUUUCCAGCGGCGUGUAGUUGUGUGCCAGGAUGAGAAUGGGUAUCCUGCCAAUAGCUGUGAGGACCGCAGCCGGCCCAGUGAGCAACGAUCCUGUGAGUCAGGGCCAUGUCCACAGUGGGUCUAUGGCAACUGGGGGGAGGUAAGACAAACACCACUUUACUGCUGUUUACAUCAGAGAAUAGCUUACUGUAGCUGGAGUUUCACCUGACACACAGAUCAAGCAAAGAGACAUAGAUUGCUAAAGCUAGAGGGAUUAUUUGUGUACAGCAGCAGAGUGGUAACUUUGACUGCUGGAUUGUUAAUUGUGGGGAUUUAGAAAUGUAAUUACUUUGGGCUCUGGGAUCAUGUCAUCUGUGCUUGGCAUGAGACAAACCUAUCCUCAUGAAAAGACAGCCAAGCUUUUUCCUUGUCUCUUAAAGUCCAUCUUUAAAACGCAGUCUCUCCUUCUUCUGUCUAUAGUGCACCAAGCCAUGUGGAGGUGGGAUAAAAACAAGACUGGUGGUGUGUCAGCGUCCAAAUGGCGAGCGUUUCAAUGAUCUGAGCUGCGAGAUCCACGACAAGCCCCCAGAUCGUGAGCAGUGCAAUACUCAGCCGUGCCCAUCUAGCCCCCACUGGAGCACAGACCCAUGGAGCUCGGUACGCUCAUAAAAACUACUAUUUUUUUUCAACCUCACAUUUUUUCAAAUACUGGUAGUCUUAAUCUUUCACAAACAGUCUGAAUGGGGCUUGACUAAGGUGCUUCUGUAUUAGAGGAAUGUAACUCCAACUACUCUACUUUACUUUUAACCCCUCCACCUCUUGACCCCUUUUGGUGCCUGCAAUUGGUCAAUGUUUUCUCAAGAUCUUUGAAAAGUUGCACUUUAAUGGCAAAGAUAGACUUACCUGGUAUGCCAAAAAAGUACAACAUCACUAAACACUUCAGUGACAGCUGUGACCAUAAGAACCUUUUUUUUUCCUUUUUUUUUUAUCAGUCCAAGUUUCCAUACAACUGUUGAGCCUUGUAUUAGUGUUUUUUUAUUAAAAUUCAGGAUCACUUUGUAUCACAAUCAAAAUUAGUUUUGUAAAAUAUUGUUUUUAAAGAUAAUUUAUUGAGAUAUUUUUCCUUUUUAUCCUGUGUAUAUAGUGUUUACUUUAAAAAGUGAUUUAUUUUGUGUCUUAGCUUUUUGUUUUCGCACAUAUAGCCAAUCGUUGUUUAUAUGCAAACACUGAUGAAUGUUUUUGUAUAUCAGGAAUAUACAGGACUAUGCCUUGUUCUUUUAUAAUCCAAAGAAUGGCCCAUAAUCCCAAAAUAUGAGGUGCUACAUAAUAUUGAUGUUCUGUUUUUAACACUAGAGCACCAACUUCCAUGGGGCCGUGUAUUUUAUAUACAACUUUGUACCUUAAACAUUUUUUAAUGGCUAUUGUAUCAAGAAUUCAAUUUGUCUCAAGGCACAUGUGUUUUUUUAGUUCUAGAGGUAACUAAUUUUGUUUAGACACUUUAUUUGACAGUUUAUGUAUCUACCCUGUGCUACAACACCAACAGGGAUUUUGCCUAAAACGACAUUGACACUGAAGCGUGAAUAUAUUGACUCAAAAGUUCCUGAAACGUCCAGUAUCAAUAGCAAACAGCAGCUGUACAGCACUGUGAAAUAAAGUGUCUCACUGAGUUUAUAGUAAUUAGAACUAAUAGCCAUUGUAUUCCAGUUUGGCAGAGGGUUUUGACCCAGAUUUCCUUUAGUGUGGCCAAAACAAUAGGUUUAAGGCUCUCUGCUCCCAAGGUGCUUGAUAUGAGUAUUUAUAUUGUGUUAGCUAAUGUUUUCUUUGUACAGUAAGUAUUUGGAGUUGCUUAAUAUGCUAUGCUCAACAAUACCUCACUUGGAACAAAACACAACUCAACUAGCCAUUAAACUAUAAUAACCUACACUACAGUGGUGCUUUGGCCAAACAAGGGAGAUGUAAGAUAUAUAUAUCAAAAUUGAACCAUCAAUUUUUGGUCAGCUAUGUGUUUUUUGUGGCACAUUGAUUAUUGAUGCUGCCCUUUCUGUAUUUUUUUUUUAUUUCUUUGCAUUAGCAGUAAGUGGAUUGAUCAAACUGAUCAGCUAAAUGCAAAGUGGAUCACAGAUUUGAUGAAACAAUGUGGAAUUGUCUUUGAAUGUCUAUCAAACAACUUUCUCAACCUUUAAGAGAAUGUGCUGUUAAAAUGUCCAGUUUGAACACGAUACCUGUGACUGCAGGGCAAGUUAAUAGUGUUAUGUAUUCAGAGCUCUCACUCUGAGCCAACCUAAUGUGUCUACCUCAGUCUCUGUUAUGAUUGCCCCCCUGCCGUAUCUUUCACUCCCUUGCACUGGAAGGGUUUUAGCUGGCUAACAUAAAACAUGAGUUGUCUAGGCUACCCAUUGCAGUAAAUGGCCCUAAACACAGAUCCAGGGUAUGUAUCAUCUUACACUUUUUAAUGCUAACAGUCCUGCUGAGGACAGUGAAAACUGAUCCAGAAUCUGUGGUUAGGGGCAUCUUUUUCCAGCAGCCCACCCAGUUGACUCCUCCUGGUCAUAAAUGUCUGUACUGACAUCAAACUUUAUUUUAAGGGCCUGUUAAAACAGCAGUGAGUACUUUUUUUUUCUUUUUACACCACACAUCUUUUACUAAUGAGAACUACAAGUUGUAAUGACUUCCACAUGUGUGAUUGUACGGUAGCUAAUUCAAAUCUAGGUCAAAUCAGUGGAGGUAGAGCACUAUAUUACCUCAGCACAUUCCUGUAAUCUUCAUCCUAUUCUUCAUUUUACUAGUUAAUCUCAGCAGUUUGACUCCUUGUGGUCAACCUUUUGGUUCAAACAGCAGUAUAUAUCAUAUCAACAGGCUCUUGAAAUAAGUUUAUUGUUUGUCUCUUAUUUGCAAAUGGCAGUAUUAGUCUGUGUUUCAAGAAUAUUUCUGUACAUUUAUGUAAUUACUUGUAUUUAUUGUUACUCCAUUAUAAUGUUAUGUCUAUAUUUAAUUUUUUAUGAAUUUGUUGGAUUUCUGUUUAUUUUCAGAAAAGGUUACGAUUAAAGUGAAGUAGAGGUACAAUCCAAGGCUUUUUUCAUUCUUACUUGGACAAAAACUGUCUGGUAAUGAUCUUCCCAAAAAAAAAAAAAAAAACACUCCUUUUUUAUACUCUAGAGUAAACAUUAUUUGAGGUAAAAAGGAGCAACAUACUGUAAAAUAUGAGGACUUAAAAAUAAUUUACAUCUGUGGUAUUUAAUUCUAGUCAGGAAUAUUUACCCUUUGUGCAAAAAGACAGCUAGGAUAUUGGGAAGAUAAGUUCCAUUAGGACGUAAACCUGCAGUUUCUAUUUUCAGAAUUACCAUAAACAAACAGUGUAGAUGGGAAAUUUCACAAUGGUUUAAGUCAGCAUGUCUCAUCUAAGUGAGAACUUGCAUCAGGCGUUCUCUUGCUUCCAAGAGUUCUGCAGACUUUGCAAAAAAAACAAUGGCAGUAGCAAUAGUAAAUUUGUUUUGAUCAUACUCAUGUACCAAGUAAAACUAGAGCAAGCUUUUUACGAUUACUCCAAAAGACAGGUUGCCAAUACUUAAGCUGUGCAUUGCAUUGAAUGAGAGCAAAGCCCAAGUGGAACAAAGUCUUUUCUUACAAAUCACAAUAUACAUGAAACAAGAUGAAACAACAUGAUUUUAAGAUUACAAAACUUUCUCUACCUUUCAAAUUAAACUGCCUAAGUAAAUGAAGUAUAACACUUUCUUAACAUUUGUCACACCAAUAACCUUACUUGUUGUGGUAUUGUCGUCCUGCUGCCCACCCUUAACUUCUGAUUACUGACUCUUUACUGUACUUACAGUGUGUUUCCUAUACUAUUCAGUGAUUCAACCUUUAGUUAAACUUUAGGUUAAACCACUUAGCUAAAAGGCAUUUUAAAGGUUUUUACUCACUAAAGCAGUGUUCCCCAUCAGGUUUUUUGCCUUGAAUGAAAAUACAUGAAUCACUGAGCCUUAUUCUUAUUCAAAGUGUUCAGGGACUCUGCCAAUCUCUUUGCGCAACAACAUCUUUAUUGUCAAGUCGAGAGUCCAUCAAGGUAAAUCUUUAUCCUGGCGCAGUAUACCUCUGAUUUCAUUUACUGUGUUCAUUCACUCUUAACAUCCACCGCGGCUUUACCGGAAUGCCUGGUGACGCGUGCAACACUAUGAGGUAGCUAGCGCCCUUUGGCUCUUCCUGUCAGACCCCUCUAUUCUGGACUAAUGCGAGAUGAUGACAGCGUACCAAUGCUGGGGCCAUUGACAGCGCCAUGCAUGAGGGGGCCGCCAACCGGACAAUGCAGUGGUGUAUUGAUGGGUCAAGGGUCAUGUUUGAUCAGGGGAGGGGCCCCUUCUUGAUUCAUCCCAUCAACACAGACAGACCUCUGGGAAAUGGCUGUGAUCUGUCGGGUGGGGGGGUGGGGCAGGGCUGACCAGGAUUCCCGGACACAAUGCUGAAAAUGCAAGGUGUGGGCAGUUUCAUUCCCAUGGUGCUGACUCAUGCUUUGCCUUUUUGGAGUUAUCUACUAAAGUUAGAUCAUUUUAGUUACACAGUCUUCUUCUGCAGCUCUGAAUCAUGUCAGUUAGACAAAUCCACCUGGUGACUGGCAUGUUUGAAUUCUAUUAAGCAUUGUAAUAAAUGGGCUGCACCUAUGUACAGUUGAUUUCCUAUCAUGAAAUACCUUUAAAAUAUGCCCCUCAGUUAUUUAUUCACACCCGCAUGCUUUCCAGUAGCAUCGCAGCUGCCGUGCAGUACUUGGGAUGCACAUCAGGAUUCAAUUUGUUCAGUGUCUUGCCCAAGAACACCUCAGCGUGUAAAUGGGAAGUGCCAAGUAUUGAACUACCAACUCUGCAAUAGUGAAUAACACUGGAAAUCCUGCAAAUGCAACUGAUGCAAACAUAUUUUUUAUUUGCAGUAUAUUCGUUGAUCAUCUUAUGUAUACAAAAAUGUAAGGUUCCAGUCAGUGCAAGAGGGACAUUUGUGUUAGUGAGCUGCUCAGGAUAAUUACAGAACCCCAAAGGACUUGUGGGCAAAGCUAAUGAAGCCUGCAUGUUCUUAUAAAACACAUGGUGCUCUAAUGUGACCCAUUAGCACUGAUUCUCAAGGUUUUCUGAGGACAUUUAAAUGCUAUACAACAGCGGACUCGCUCUUCAAUAACCAAAGUAUUCAGGAUUAAAGUUGGAGAAGACUUCCCUGAAGAUCAGAAACUUUUUCUAAUGACGUAAAUCUUACCUUGAAGGCUCAUUUUCUCCUGCGAGGACUCACUGACUCUCCACAGUCCAUCUAAAACAAGUGUGCUGCAUAUAUGUUCCUAUGCGUAAAUAAAACAUGAAUCAUUGAGUAUUUUACACCAAACAUGGACUACAGUCUCCACAGAUGCAAAAAUAACACUGUCACAAAGUAAUUUUUUAUUAAACUGAGUCACAAUAUUUGCACAGUAAUGGUUGUCUUUAUUUCUCCUCGAAAAACACAGAACCACCACAUUUUUCUCAAAAACGACUGAAUAAUUUAACAACUAACACCACUUACAACAUACUCAACUUCAGUAAAAUAAUAAAUGGGGUGAGGGGUCACAGUGUGCCCCGUCCAAGCACGGUCCCUUGCUGGGACAGCACCACACACUGGGCCACGCACUCAUUCAACUCUGUGUCUGUCGCUUCCCAUCCAUCCCCACAUGCAACGCCCCCUUUGAUUAUCCAAGCCUGGUCCAGCCCUUCUCCACUCCCUCCUCUAAUACUGCUGUGUGUCUUUGUGUGUGUAUGUGUGUGUUCGCCUGUCACAUUGAAUUACACUUUGAGUAACUUGGUGAACCCGGAGGUAAAACAAACUGCUGCCGGGUUGUUCAUGCAUGCUCUGCCAUUGGACCAGCUUCCCACGUGGAAACUUUUUUUUUUUUAAGGUAUACAUUCAAGUCCCGAUGAAUGCGAAACUUGUUUUCAUUAUAGCUGGUAUUGAACAAAUUACGUACACUUUGAAUCCCAAUCAUGCUGUUUCACUUGAAUAAUGCCAAACAAUCUGAACUGAAGUGAAAUGUUUCUCCACUGCUCCACGGUUUGAUGCCAAACAUACCUUUCGGUUUCAAAUCAACUCAUUUUUUUCUUGUGAUAUCUUGCAGUGCUCAGCCUCCUGUGGAAGAGGGUUCAAGUCCCGUAAGGUGAGCUGUGUGACCGGAUCAGGCCGUCCUGUUGCAGAGGAAAACUGCCACCCUCUGUCCCCCAAACCCAAUAAGCAGAGGCGCUGCCGUGGAGGACGAUGUCCCAAGUGGAAGACUGGAAACUGGGGAGAGGUGGGACUUUGUAACCCUGCUCUAAAACACUCCUCUACCACCUUUGUUCUCAUGCUCCCAGACAUAUCAGCAUUUUCUCUCUCACCAUGUUAAUCCUUAACAUCUUGCAGGCAAGUAUGUGAGGAUGUGUGAAAACAUCUGCAGCUAAGCCUGGCUGUCUUUAUCCGCCAUGCCAGGCCACUAAGGCAGCAUGCAUUAUGUAUCGCAAUAGUUGUAAAACAGACAGCGGGAGGGAUAUGCAGCCCUUUUUAUUUGAGCUCAACUGUUGAUAAGCUCAUAAUUACUAUAUUUUUCCACUCCCUUUUAUCCCCCCUGUCCCUGCUGCCGGUCCACUCUCUGAUCAUUUUUUCCACAUUUUAUCGUUCUUUCAUGCUCCCCGUGCCCUCGCAGCUCAAACUCACAAUGUGUACCUCAUCUGCAAAAAGCACGUCUGGUUCUCUUUCCUUAUAUUCCCUCCAUCUCUGUCUUCCCCACAUCUUUCCUCUUGUCCCAUUUCUCUGAAUUUGCACAGAGCACAGAGCCACAUCUGUGCUCCAUACGUCAGAGAGGAUAUGUGUCUGCUCCAAACAGCUGUGGAGCAGGAUGCAUGCCAGGAGAGAAUAUUUCACGCAAUGCUUUUUAGACAAGUUCUCCAUGAUGGAACAGCAAGCUGCACUGCAGUUCUACUGAUGAAUGAGCAUGACACAUAGUACACAGUGACAAAUGUAAAGCUGCACACAUGCAAAUUGAUAUACAGAUACUACUGUAAAAGGAUCAUUCAAUUGUGUAGUCACAAAAAUCUGAAGCUGCUGAAAUUCUUGAUUAUGUGAUCACUCUUCAGCUGGAUUGUCUGGAUGUGUUUUCAUCACUUCCUUUUCCUUUGACCUGCAAAAGUGUAUGGUAGCAGUAUCAGUCCUCAUCAUACACAUAUAGAGACUCACUCGCUUUCUUUGUCCUGAUGCAUUCAAUACAAAAUGAAACAUUUGUUUCAAGGCAACGUAAAUGACAUUGCAUUACAGUGACAUGAGUGAAGCAUAUGUUGUUCAGAGCCAUCAACUUCUGUCUGAAAAGGAACAAAGACAAAAAUUAGUAACUGGUAGACAUCGACUCCAAAAGCCUGAACACACACUGUUUUAGUAUGUAAAAGCACACUUUGAUCAUGUUAUGUGAUUGUGUCAGGGUUAAAGACUUGACAUAUUUGGCAAAGAACUAAACACAUUCUUAAUCCUGCUCUUAUUCUGUGUAUUUUCUGUGGAAAUGUGUUCUGCAUUAGCCACAGCAGAAGAGACAGGCUUUCAUUAAAAACACUUUUGCUCUAGCCUUCACAGAGAUUCACAAAACUAUCACCUUAUCAGUCUCAGUUUUCACAUUCAUCAGAUUUCCGUCAUGAAAGAACCUUUAUUUAAACCAGACAACUUAAUCUCUGAACAUUAAAUGUGAUUUUAGUUUCAAAACAUGCCAUAAUUCUUAAAAUAUGAAGUUAUGUGCUUCCUGCAUAUAGCAUUUAAAAGAACAAGUGAAAUGUUUCAUCAAGUGAUAAAUCAGUAUAGUUGAGGUAUUUUAUUCAAGAUGUUUAACAUCUAUAUUGCCCAAAUUUAAAGAGAAAAAUGUGAAGGUACAUAAACUGAAAAGCCUGUAGAGUUACAACAUAAAAUAGUCCACAGCCAAAAGUAAAUAAAUAUAUGUAUAUUUUUAAUUUAUUUAACUUCAUUAUUUAAUAUUUCCUAACUUCAUUAAUGCCUAUGCCAAAAUAGGCAAAUAAAAUAUACCACAGAGCACAGAUAACCCGACGCCUUCGCUUGUUAGAGAAACAAAUACAAGGAAAAAAGCCAUUGAUUUAUUGAUGAUUGAUUCUUGAUGUGGAGGAACGUAACACCAAACGGAGUAGAAAGGGUUGAAUUCACGUGUUGUAAGCUCUUACCUCUGCUUGUUUCUAGUGUUCAGCAUCGUGUGGAGACGGCAUCCAGCGUAGGGAGGUCUUCUGCCAAGUCGGAGGCCGACGGAACUCUCAGGAGAGCGGCUGUUCUCAGCGGUCCAGACCGGCGUCCAGUCAGAGCUGCCGGGUCGCGGACUGUCCCUCUCGGUACCGGUGGAGGGAAGGGGAAUGGCAGCCGGUAAGCCCCGUGUGCUGAAGCUUUUUACCACUCUGACUCUCACAGGGCCGGGGAUAUUUUUUGUCUGUCAUAUCUGGUGAAGUCUGAGUGGCUGCCUCAGUCGGAGGCCAGAGGGGAGGAGAGCUGCAGCAGCAUGGCCCUGAUGGAAAUCAGAUGAUCAGCGUUUCUUUUUUUUUUUUCAUCAAAGCUGCAGCUCUGUUAAGACGAAUCUAACUCUAACCGCGAUGCUGAUUGGCUAAUGUGCUUUUUUUUCUUCUUAAUAAGAAACGGUAAAAAGUCACUUAGCUAAAUAUGCACAUGUGAAACUUCAAAAAAUAAUUAAACAAAUAGUAAUUAUAAUAAUAAUGUGAAUUCCCUGACAACUACUCUACUUUUUCUAAGUUUAAUCCACAAUAUUCAAAAUUGUACAGAAAUAAGGUAAGGUAAGGUAGUCUUUAUUGAUCCCACAUGGGGGAAACUAUUUCACCACAAGGACAAGAAGACUCAUACAGACAACAAAAAGCAUGGAGACAUCAGAAAAACAUUGACUUACACCAGAUACGCAACAAACACAGUAAAGGCCAAUGAAACAGGAUUUAAAAGCGGUACAAUAAAAGAUAAGGACAUGAUUAAAUACAACAAAAGCCUGAUAAAAACGAAUAAAUACUAAAAUGAAUACCUCUACAAAUUAUGUCGCAGUGCCAAGUCAGACCCUAUCGUACACUGUUAAAAAAGCUUACUGCUGCUGGAACAAAAGACUUUCUCAGUCGUUCCGUUGAGCACAGAGGCAUCACAAGUCACUCACUGAAAGAGCUUUCAAGACCUUUGAAGACAUAGUGCAAUGAUUGCUCUUUGUAGCCCAGGAUUAAUUUUAAUUUAGACCUGGUCCUCCUCUCAACAAUGGCCUCAAGAGACUAUGGGACCAAGCCAAUAACUGAUCCAGCCCUCUUUAUCAUCUUGUUGAUCCUAUUUUUGUCAUCAGAUGAUAUGUUGCCCUCCAGCAAAAAUAAAAAGACCACUAGCCAGAAUACUUUGGUAAAAGACAUCUAGAAGCCUAGUGCUGACAUUGACAGAAAUUGAUCCAUUAUUGUUCUUUUUACUGUUUAUCAAUAACUAUAAUCUUCUAUGAUUCUGAAAACUUCAUGUUCUUUUCUCCUGCAGUCAUAUCACUGCACAGCUUUUUUUUUUUUUAAUAAUGGCAUUCCUGCUGGGUAAGAUCCAGUAAUUUUCUAUAGGCUAGAGGCUACAGAUCCUUGUUGAGGGUGGGAGUGAUUAGAGCAGGCAGCUGCAGCAGGAGGUUCUUCACAGUGUUUAAGUGAUGUUGAAUCUGGGUCAAUGAGCAGCAUGAAAUAUCUCUCAGAAAGGAGAGUCUAAUUAUUCUGGAGAAGUUUUAUGAGCUCCAAGCCUGGGUGUCCCAAUUAACUGUUGGACAUAAUUACGACAGCUCACCUGGCUGGGGAUAAACUCCCCAGUGUUUUAUACACUAACAUUGACUCAAUAAAUAGGGGAGGACGUUUUACACAGCAUUUUACUUCAUAGCCUGAAACAUUAUUAUUUUAAAAAUUCUGAGACCACUCCUGUUUUCUUUCAUUUCUUGUUUAUUUUAAUGCCUGGUACAACUAAAAGUGUAUUUUUUUGGACAAAUAUAAUGAUAACAACAAAAAUAGCUCCUAAAAGUUUAAUUUAAGUGCUGAUAUCAAGCCAUUUUCCAUGGUUUUCUUGAUAAUAACCAUAGACUGUAUGUAUAUGCCUAACUCACUUGCUAGAAUUUAACAGUGUUUCAACAGCUGUGUCUACUUUUUUUGACCAAAACACAGGCAUGCAUGAACCAGGGUCGGCCUUAUUCCUGUGCAAUGCAGCAGCACAGCUCACAAAAGCUGUUGUAGGUAUUUCAGCUGUUUGCCAGCUUUCAACAUAUUAAAAGUGAUGGAUGCCAGCUGCACGUGUAGCACCACAAAAAUGUUUGUGACACAAGUGAGAGACUCUUUGAGCCCCUGCUAAGACAGCAGGUGCUUAAAUUACAACUCUUGCAAACUUGAGCGCAGUGAUAGUUGAAUUACCACAUGUGUAAAGUGGGACAUCCAGACUCAGGUGGGUUUGUUGACUCUGAACUUGCAGUCAAAUAAGUGUUUAUUGAAAGUCUUACAUUUUAUAAAAUGCCAUGAACAAAAUCAGCAAACAUGGCAGGUGAUAGUCACGUUCUUUUGAAAUGCGCUAACAUGCUUUAUUUCUAUUUGGAUGAAAGGUUUCACGUCUGUUAAGUAUAAAGCCAUUGCAGAAGAUACUGAGUUUAAACACUUUGACAAAAAAGAAAAAGCCAGUAUUGCCUUGGUCAUUAUUAAAACUUUCAUACCUUCUCUUCCAUAAUACUCCACACAUUGCCGUUUUUCUGCAGAAUUAUGGUCUCUUAUCAAGGCACAGGGCACAGCUGGUUCCUGUCAAUAACAAGCUUGUAUUUUCUGCUGCAGUCUUUAUGCCUUUAUGUAUCAAUGCUCCACACUGACUAAAAAGAAAAGGAAAAACUGCCAAAUAAGCACCAUUUUUGUAUUAGCACACAAGGCACCCUCUUACCCGACUGAUCUUAACUUUUAUUUAACUUCUCAUGUUAAAUAUAGAGUUGAUGUAAAAUUUCUACUCCAGGCCUGGAGUGUACUCAGCUCAGGUCCUUCUGAUCAAAAACCACAGAGGCAAGUUCCUUCAGAAAGGACUGUGGCCGCAAAUAGACUUGUGCACAAGCACUAUGUUAAGUGAAGUUGGGGGCUACUGUGAACAGUUCUUGCCCGCGCAGUUUCAUUAUUUCAGUUCACAAGACAUUUUUCCCUUAUGAUAUUCAAGUACAAACACACCAUUCAAGUUCUUGCAGCUCAGUGCAGUUUGCUCUUGUGUUGCAUCCUAUUUUAGAGAUGAGCUGUUGGCACUUGGCAUAUCCACUCUCUGCUGCACAAGUUUGUGAGAUGGCCCAUAUGUAUUUGCAUAUAAAGUAGCCAAUGGACCCCAAAUGGACAGGUCAUUUCAAUACACGCCAACAGCAUGACUGCUCAGAGGUAGUAUUUGUUCUGUAGUGCCAGUUGAAGUACAUUCAACCCUUUGUGUGUGUUUUGUGAAUUGCAUGGGUCCGUUUUGUCUUUUUUUAACUAGGUUAGCAAUGCAAAAGCUCUGCUAUCCCUUCAUGAAUCAGGUCCCAGGUGUUUCCUUACAAAGUAUAGAUUAAGCAAUUGUAUCCUUCUCUUCAGCCUCUUUACGGUUAAGCUGCUUCCAUAUAGAAAGUCACAAGUCGAACUGUUUCUCCUUGUUCUUCUCUGCAUGCGCUGUAUUAUUAGGUCCAAUUUCAUCGAACUGGAAAACAUAUUUGUAUAGAAUAAGGAUGUCUAAAACACAACUCCUACUUGAUUUGCAGUGUUUGCUAAAGGCUUGUCUCUGUCUUGAAUCCAUUACAGUGUAGUAAGUCCUGUGGAGAAGGCCACCGAAGACGAGCCCUGCAGUGUGUAGACCACAACCAGCAGGAGGUACAUGAGAUCUACUGUGUGAACCAGAUCAGACCUCCAGACAUAGAGAGCUGUAACACCCAGGCCUGUGAGUUCAUCUGGAUCACAGGGGAGUGGACUGAGGUGAGGAUAAGAGAAGCAGUGUGCUGUUGAAAGAUCAUUUUCUUACUUAAAGGCUUUAAGGUCUGAGUUGUUCAAAAGCAGUUUUCUUUGAUAGUAAUAUUUUACUUUUCGAGGAGCUCAUUCAUGUGAAUCACCAUCUUCAAAUCCAGUGAUGCAGAAAUGACAGAAAUUACCCAUGUUUCCUGUGUGGAGCUCUGUUGUUAUUUCAUGCCAGUGAUUUAUUCUCUCCUCCAGUGCUCAUCCAGCUGUGGCCAGGGCUACCGUCAACGUCUGAUCUCCUGCAGCGAAGUGCAUGUGGAGAAUGACAACUAUGAGUACGGCCAUCAGUCUCUGUCUAACUGUCCAGGGACCCCGCCUGAAAGCUUCAUGCCUUGUAAUUUGGGCCCCUGCCCGCCUCCACAGGAGUGGAGAGUUGGAAUCUGGGGUCCGGUAAGCAAACUGUGAAUGUUGUACAGGUCUAUGCAAGCAUUUUUGGAUCUUCAAAUAUAACCCCGACACCUGUGUUAAAGUUAUAAAAUAUCUAAGCCUCAUUGCAUGUUUAGUUUAGUUUAAGCUUUCUGCAAUUGGUGACUUUUCAUUUGAAAAAAAAAAAACAAGUUCAUGUAGAGCACUCAAUGUGUAAAAGUAGCUGCUGACAAGUGCCUCAAUAUCUGUCAUUAUUUAUGUACAUUUGCAGUUUGUGCACACUGCAAAAAAUGCGAAGAGUUACAAACAAGUGUUAACAUUCAGUUUGCAUGCUUGGUUAAAAAACAAACAAACAAAAAACACCUGCUUAUAUAUGUUGUAUUGCCUCUUGACUCAUGUCAACACCUCUGUCUAGUUGGACUUGAUGCAGUUUAUGGCGUUUAGACAAAAGCACCUGCCAAAUAAAACAAACAUUUUAAUGAUGAAUAUAAAAAAAAACUCUAAUCACCCUUUUUUUCCACCUUUUGCCUCUCUUCCUCCCUUUCAGUGUUCAGCCAGCUGUGGAGAAGGAGUGACUGAGCGGACGGUGCAGUGUUUGUCAGUGGAUGGCCAGCAAAGCAAUAAGUGUUCCCUAGAUGCAAUUCCAGAGGCCAGAAAAGUCUGCAGAAAUCUAAGCUGUAAGUUAUGCAAGAAUACUGCCAUUCCUAUACAGAAGGUCAAAGCUACCAGAGUUUCCAGUGGGGAAAGCGAAUGCAUCCCAGAUUUUACUAUUAGGCAUGGCUUGGCUUGAACCGGUCAUCCAGGGAAUAGGCCUUCAGGGAAAUAUUUAUGAUCUGAGGCAAACAUCAAAGAUCCACUGUCCAGUGUAUUUACCUCCUCGCGGUAGGAUGGGACAUCAAAGAGUGGGUGGCUUUUCGUUUUCUUUGAUUCGUUGCAGCAAUUUGCCGCACUUCACUAAACUCUUGGAAUUUUUCUGUGCAUGCAUUCUCAUGUGUGUAUAUAAAGGCUUUGUGUUGGUGCCUGUCCUGUUUUAAAUCAUUCAGCAGUACAAUUCUGUACGUCAACUUAUGCUUGUAUCUGCUUUGUUUUUAAGGCCACUUGCCUUCUAGCUGUCUGGAUGUCCAAAGCAUGAAUGGUCCCCUCCCGGACAGCGAACACCUUCUCAAUAUUCAUGGAAAGGCGAUCAAGGUAAAAUGAUAUGACCUUACUGUAGACAAAUGUACAACAUAAAGCCUUUAAUUAUGACUGCCAUUUCAAACAUGGGCAAUGUUUCUUACUUUUUUGGGGUUCUUAUUUUUGACAAACAUGGACUGACAGAUAAAUAGGUCACAAUGGCACAAUUGCAAUUCCAGUAGCCCUUUUGAAACACUCUUAAUCAUAAGGAGUAACUUUCUUGUUUUAAUUGUGUCACACUAUGGAUAGCCAUAACAAUGCUCUUUUCUGACACCAACAGUAAUUUUGCCUCACACCACACAUGACUGGCUAUGCUACCCCUUUUAAUUCUCAGUCAAUGUCACAUCCCAACCUUGCCAAACUGAAGAAACCUUUAUACAUGCUUUAAAGGCAGUGACAGUACAUGUAAGAUGAUUUAUGAUAGCCUUUCAUAAAAGACUUCCUCUCCAAGAUCCUUAAAAUGUUGAGCACAGCAACUUACAAAAACAUCUUGAAGCUACGGAGUUUCCAGAGUCUCUUAUUUGUACAGCCCAAGCUGUCCAAUUGUGCAGUGUUACCUGGGGGUGAACCACAAGGUUCAGUGCUGGGACCACUUUAAUUUACAAUUUUCAUAAAUUCUCUCGGAGAGAAUGUUGUGAACUCUGCCUUUCCUUUUUAAAAAGAUGCUACCAUACCUGAGAAUCAUGAGCUGUGCUUGAAUGGCUCUACUCAAUGUCAUCAUAUGCUGGACAAUGAGUAUCACACUGCACUGAGAUUUAUUACAAACAGUGACUGUCUUACUCACCACUGUUUUUGAGACUACACAAAGUCAGUUGGACUACUCCAUGCCUGCUCAGGCAUUGGUAUAUAAUUAUUUACUGAGCCAGUCAGGGCAAAACUCUGAACUUCUUUUCCUCCCUUUAAAUCUCAAGAGAUGUAAAACAGAGUCUUUAUGAAUUGGAUAUUGUGCAGUUUGUGAUUCCCAGAGUUGGGAAAGAAAGACUUUGGGGACAAUGCACCUUUCACCUACAAAAAAAUCUUCAGUUUGAUUUGAAAUUGAAAAAUUUUGUCAGCUUGAAUGUUUUAAAUCCUUUCUGAAAAGACCAAAACCCAGCCUUGAGUUUACGCAUUAGAGGGUCUUGAUGGUCUUGAUGGUCUUAAUGGUCCCCCUUCUGCACAGUACAUCUUAAAAUGUGAAAAGUCAUCUGUCUUUGAUGGGACUAUUUCUGAAAUGUAGUCUCAUGUUUGUUGAAUGUUAUAAUUAUAUCAUUAUAGUUAUAGUGUAUAGCAGUUAUAGUUUAUGGUCUUAAAAUAAAAGAUAAUUGAGAAUAUUUCUGCACCUAGCCUUCAGUAUAUGAACAAGCAUGUUAGAGGUUUGAGAGAAAAAUAAAGGGAAGGGGAAUGAUAGUCUUGGCCCUCAAGGUUGCAAAAAGGUGCAGCGGAUUGUUUUAAGGGGUUUUGUGCAGCGGGUUUCUCCAUUUAUGCUGCAGCUUCUGUGUGGUAGCUUAUAAUUGCCAUCUAAUCAUUUCCACUUGCCCCUUCUCUUUAACACCACUAAGGUUCUCUUUUUUUUUCUGUACCACCUCUUUCACUUUCACCCCCUUUUGCCAUCUCUUCUCUUCUUCCUCCUCCUCCUCUGCCUUUUUCUCCUCAGGUCUACUGUGCAGGAAUGCAGACAGAGGCUCCACAGGAGUACAUUUCCUUGACGACUGGAGAAGGGGAGAAUUUCUCAGAGAUCUUUGCCUUUAGGUAAAUAGCUAACAGGAUAACAAUGAGACCAGCCUGCUCAUUACAAAAUCCAGCUUACUCCUCGCAGUGUUUUUGUCUUUAAAUUAAUGAAUUCCAUGGAAGUGUAAAGUUGAGCUCAGGUAUCUUGUGUGUAUGCGUUGCUGUGUGUUUUCCCAGGCUCAAUGACCCCACCCAGUGUCCAGCCAAUGGCUCAAGAAGAGAGGAUUGUGACUGUCGGAGAGACUACACCGCCGCUGGCAUAACCACCUUCUCCAAAGUCCGCCUGGACCUCAGCAAUAUGAACAUCAUCAGUGAGUGACUCUUACACAUGCAAAAACUCAGAUGCACACUCAAAAACAAAACCGCAUCCUGUACCAGUUUUAACUCCACAUUACAGUUAAACAAGAACUUCCUUUGCCAUUUAAUUAUGUCCGCGCUCACAAGCCUUAAUGGGCUCAAGAUGUCCUAAAGGAUCAUUUGAGUUACACGCAAUUACAAGCCAUGAGAGGGUUCAAAUUAAGCUGCUCUAAGUAGAUGAUAUUAUGUUGAUAUCAGGCUGCCCCUGAAAAUAAAGCUAUUUCAAUAACACAAGUGUUGGUUAUUAUCUCAGACGUAAGCUUUCAUUUUAAAGUUCAUCUGAGGUCUUGUAGCAACAAAUUACAACAUAUAAAUUUCUGAGACAUUUGUUAAGCUCUACUUGCUCACUCUGUUGGUUUAUCUUGUUAUCCAGCAACAGAUUGGAAGUUUGCUUUCACCCGUGAAGGCAAAAGUGUCCCUUUUGCUACAGCUGGAGACUGCUACAGUGGAGCUCGCUGUCCACAGGUGAGAACAACUACAGAAGCAGCAGCUGCUCAUUAAAUCACAGGAGGAUGCAGAUUGUGUUUUUCACAGCAGAUUAGUGACUUUUUAAAGUUGGAAAAAAAUCGCAUGAAUCUUUUAUGUAUCCUAUCCUCUUAUGUCAUUUCAUCAUCCAAAAAUUCUUCAAUACAGACACGCCUGUGUGUUAUAAUGUUUUGUGUUUUCUGCAUUUCUUCUUUAACAAAUAUAAUGCUAAAAUGUUUUUAGUUUUCAUAUUCAUUGCCUAAAAUAAGGGCAGUGAGUCUGAAUUUAUCACGUAUUGUUUUGUGUUCACAUUGCUAUUCCCAAGCUAGUACUAUAAAGCCCAUACAGCAGAUGUAUCAUUUACAUCACAUAAAACACAGAGUCAAUUAAGAAGUGUUCUUUGACUCUGUAUUCACACCUAUUUAAAUGUGGCAGAGUUAUCUGUUUAUUCUGGUUUACAAACUGUUUAAUGAGGGCGACCUGCUCCUCACUGUGUGGGGGCAAAAUAUAGACAAUAGAUUCGAGCAAAGAAAGUCUGUGCAGACUUAGUGGCCUGUUUUUGCAACAAGCCAUGCUUUAUGUUGAUUUGACAAUCAUUAAUCUCUUUUUAAAAUAACACUGACAGUUUUCAAUACUUUAGAUGUCUUUUAAUCUGUUUUUAAAUCUUAAUCUGUUUGUAUUCUCUUUCUCUCUCCUUGUUCACUUGUCUUUUUAGGGGCAGUUCAGGAUUAACCUCUCAGGAACAGGUUUGAGGGUGGCUGAGGGUGCCUCGUGGAUCUCCCAGGGCAACUAUGCAGUGGUUGAUGUGCAAAAAUCACAGGUAUGGCAAAAGAGUGGAAAAAAAAACACCUUGAAUAAAGUCAAACUAUUGGUUGAUAAUUUAAUAUAAAGGUGUUUCCAUAAAGGCUUAUCGUACCCCCACAACACUCUUAGUAACUCAGCGCCAGCUCUGUCUGAGACUUCUCCGUCUCAUCAUUAGUAUUUAGCUGAGAUCAGACACUGAGCUCACAUAAAACAGUGUUUCCUCAGCUAUGAAGACACAUUGGACAUCAUUAAGAAGGUGACACACAUAGACUAUAUAAUCUCAUUACCUCAACUCUCAUGGUCUGCAUUAUCUUGAACAUCAUAGAGAUGAGCAAAAAUCCAAUAAUGACCAUGGAAUAAUGACACCAGAACAAUGUCAACAUAUUUUGCAAGAAGUAACUGACUUAGAGGACAGAAGGAACAAAAAAUAACUCUCUGCACUGUGAAGCCGUAGUGACAGCACAGAGUUAAAGAUCCUCAAACAUCAUGUAUUAGCUUCUACACAUAUAUAUAUCUAAAAGUGAAAAUUGAAAUGUAAUCAUAAAAACAGCUAUUUUAGUUAGCUCUUUAAAAAUUAUUACACCGAGUUGUUUGGCUUUAAAACAUUUGUCAUGUAACUAAGGGUACAGCCCUUACCCCAUAAGUGUAGAAAAAUGGUGGUUAAUAAUAAAUGAUACUGCUGCUUCAACCACAAACUGAACAAAAUCAAUAAGCAACCAAAAGUUCCUCAAUAUAUAUUGGCCUGAUCACAGGCUAUCACACUCUGUGACCUAUGUUUUACCCAUGUCUGUUAUUGUACCGCUUCAUCUUCUCUAAUCUUGUCUGUUACCUACUCAAUUCAGAGCUCCAAGCAAUCAUGGUCCCUAGUGGGCUCUAUAUUCUCCCCAUACACUGAGAAAGGCCCUUAUUGGGCAGCUGCUCUCUCAAGUGCCCCCCUACUCAAUCCUCCUCCUCUUUUGAAAUGGAGAUCAUGCUGGAGAGUGCUUUUUGUUGCGGAAAUAACAUGAGACACUUGUGAAGCCAAAUAGGGAUCAGAGUCUAAUGUUCAUAGCCGGCAGAUCUGCUCUAGGCACUUAAAUAAAGCCAGAGCAUGGCAGCGGGACAGCGAAAACACUCAAAUCUUGAUGAAACACACCACUCAUUUCACGCUGCAGCUUUCAUUUCAUGGGAUAGAACUUUAACUAUACUCUUCUGUUUAGGUGAAAGCACUCAUUGUGCCAGUUGAUAACCAUGCAGCUGAAGUGUCAGUGAUUAAAUUAGCCUGUAGUUGCUGCUUAUAUCUGAGAGUGAUUACUCGAUUCAGACCUGAAAACAAACUGCCUAUAGGGCCUCAGUCUUUGUGUUUAUUGUAAAGGGAAAGCCAAUCUCAGAGCCACCAAAUCAACCCUCCUGCAAAUUCGUUAAACAGUAAUGGGAUUCUUACACAAUUUAGAAGAGGCAAAAGAAAUUCCCUGAACUCGCAUUUGUCUAACUUUGACCAUUUAGACUGCUGACUGGAGUCAGUAUAUCUGAGAAGGUCUUUAUUUGGGUUUUUUAUCUGAACAUGAACAGCCUUCAAUCCUUAAAAAGGCUAUCAUAAAAUCAACAUUCAUGUGACUAUAUUUCAAAUGUUGCUGACGCUCUCAUGCGCAGAAAACCCCACAUAAUUGAUAUUAUUGUGUCCACAGGAUGGCAGCAGAGUGUCAGGAAAGUGUGGAGGCUACUGUGGUAAAUGUACGCCAUCAUCCGGCUCCAGUCUGCCUGUUACAGUGGAAACUAAGUAA